CGUAUUUGCUAGCUAGCUGCUGCUGCUGGGACAAAGAAACAUGAAGAACAACAACUUAUCUCUCGGAGCCCACGUCACUUGUUUCCUGGUUUUGAUUUUCUUCAUGGGAGUUACAAUUACUAGUAGUAGAAGCCUUCCAGUACUGAGUAGCACUCAUUUCAGUUUCCAGGAAGAGGGCACCAAGUUUGGAGAUCAAGGUCGUCAUGUCUCCCCACAGGAAUUAGAUGCAGAAGAAAAGCUUGGGAUCAUGAAACCAUACCAAACAGGUUCAAGUUUGCCGGACUGUUCUCAUGCGUGUGGUCCAUGCUCUCCAUGCAAGAGGAUGCUGGUCGGCCUCAAGUGCUUCACAGAGUCAUGUCCCACUGUUUACAAAUGCAUGUGUAAAGGAAAAUACUACCCUAUUCCUUCCAAUUGAUGAUCUAACACAAACUCCACGUGCAAGAAGCACAGCAAUGGUUUGAUGUUUCAUCGAAAUCAUGUG